CUCUCAGCUCCGUCUGGAUACAACCGAGCGCACCUCAUCUCCGAGCACCGGGACUCCUCAUGGACCUGCACCGGACCAGUAUAUUAAACCAAAUGGAUUACGGCCGGGAGGCUAAUAAAGACGGGAAGGCGGUCCAGCCGACGGACGAGCGGCUGGACAGCGGUUUGGACUCGCUCAAGGAGGAGGAGUACCAGGCUGUGGCCGCCGAGAUCCUCCGGCUCCAGCUGGAGAGCGAGCCGCCGCGGCGCACACAAGCCGGGGCCGCGGCCGGGGAGCUGCACGACUGGCAGACCCAGACCACGGAGGAGGGAGACACUUUGCUUCACUUGGCCAUCAUCCAUGAGGCGAAGGACUACAUCAAACAAAUGAUCGAGCUGUCUAGGAACACAGACUUCCUCAACACACAGAACGACCUGAGACAGACUCCUUUGCAUUUAGCCGUGAUCACGAACCAGCCGGACGUGUGUCACUGUCUCCUGGCGUCUGGCUGCGACCCCACGCUGGUGGACAACAGCGGGGACACGCCUCUGCACAUCGCCUGUCGCCACGGGAACCUGCGCUGCUUCAGCGUCCUCACACAGAGCUGCCGGCCGGAGCAUCUACACACGGCGAUGGCGGCGUGCAACUACAACGGUCAAAACUGCCUCCAUCUGGCAUCAGUUCAUGGUUUCCUCUCACUGGUGGAGAAAAUGGUGGAUCUAGGAGCGGACAUCAAUGCGAAGGAGCAGCAUAACGGCCGCGGCGCUCUUCAUCUGGCGGUGGACCAGCAGAACCUCUCCCUGGUCAAGCUGCUGCUGCAUAAAGGAGCGGACCCCAAUCUCCUGACGUCCGGGGGCCACACCCCCUACCAUCUCACCUACGGCUUCGACAGCAGCAGCAUCAGGGAGGCGCUGCACUCCGUCACCCGCCCCGAGCUGCGCGAGCUGCCCGACAGCGAGUCGGACGACAGCGAAGAGGAGGAGGAGGAGGAGCAGGCGUCCGACGAGGAGGUGGGUUACGAUGACAUUCAGUGGAACGGUCAUUAGCGCGGAGCCCCGGAAGAAUGACGAUGAAGGACAAAUCGGCCCGGCACGCUCCUGGCCCGCCGGGCGGGCGGAUGAGGCAGCGAGGGUGUGACUCCUGCCGCGACGAGGCAGGCAGGCGAGCGGGCGGCUGCGACGAAGAAACAGACUGACGGCCCGGAGGGCAACGGCUCGAUGACACACGGCGCCAUGUCUGUGUUUGAGGAUCGCUUGUAUUCUGUAGACCCUGCUACUCAUUGUCAUAGAAAAUGCUCCAUUGUAUGAUAUUGUAAAUGCUGUGUAUACAAAAGAUGUAUUUUUUAUGGAAGCUGUGAAUGUGUACAGUUGAGCAGGUUGUAUAUGUUAGACAGCUAACAGUUCCAGCACACUCCAGUUAAAUUAAAACACUCAUAUUUAACGGCGA